AUGUGUUCUGCUAGAAUCACCAAUUACCUGUUCCACAAGUUGAGGAGGUACACAUGUGGAUUGAGCCGCGAAAGCGACGCCGAUAUGUCGCUGAAACAGGGCAGCGGCACCGGCAAGGUCCAUUUCGGUGGCUUGGACGAUGUGUCUUUAUACGGAACGCCCGUGGAACCAGCACCCCCUGCCCCGGACGCCAAACAGGGCUUCCUUCGCAACCAGCUCCAGGCACUCUUCCAGCCCACCGACAACAAAUUAGCCAUGAAACUCUUCGGAUCCAAGAAGGCGCUGAUGAAAGAACGCAUCAGGCAGAAGGCGGCCGGCCACUGGGUUAUACACCCGUGCAGUAGUUUCAGAUUUUACUGGGACCUCUGCAUGUUGCUGUUGCUCGUGGCCAACCUGAUCAUUCUACCUGUUGCCAUUUCUUUCUUCAACGACGACCUCAGCACGCGGUGGAUUGCUUUCAACUGUUUAUCGGACACUAUAUUCCUUAUAGAUAUCGUUGUUAAUUUUAGAACAGGAAUAAUGCAGCAAGACAAUGCAGAGCAAGUGAUAUUAGAUCCCAAGUUAAUAGCGAAGCACUAUUUGAGGACGUGGUUCUUCCUGGACCUCAUCUCUAGUAUACCACUAGAUUAUAUUUUCUUGAUCUUCAAUCAGGAUUUUAGUGAGAGCUUUCAAAUUCUUCACGCCGGUCGUGCACUAAGGAUACUCCGGUUAGCGAAGCUUCUAUCUCUGGUGCGACUUCUUCGGUUAUCAAGACUCGUCCGAUACGUAUCACAAUGGGAGGAAGUCUAUGUAAGACAUCAAAUCUUCUAG